AUGUCGCACCAGGAAAUUGAGAAAAAUUUGAUCAAGCGGCCAAUCGACACCAGUCCGGUGAAGACUAAGAGGAUUAAGCUUGCGAAUAAUAAAGAGCCUGUACUUGAACCCGCCUUCUCUGGAGACGAAGUAAUAACUGCCGUGCAAAGGUCAACUGAGGAGGAACUUAUAGGGGACUUCAGCAGGCCCUAUACCCUGCCUAUUACGAAAGGGAGGCAUCAGGACCUAAAGUCCAUAACUGCCUCAACUGUGGCCGACCUAAUUACAGGCAGAAUUAUAAAUGUGGAAUUCAAAAUAAUUGAUUGCCGGUAUCCCUAUGAGUUUAAUGGCGGCCAUAUAAGUGGUGCCGUGAAUCUUUAUAUGAGACAGCAAAUCUCUGGAUUUCUCAAUAAAUCAUACAAGAAAAGAGAAAAAAUUAAAUUUUUGAUUUUCCACUGUGAAUUUUCAAGUGAACGUGGACCUAACCUUUGCAGAUAUCUACGGGAGAUAGAUAGAAAAAAAAACGGGACUGCAUACCCUGCAUUAGAUUACCCAGAGCUUUAUCUCUUGGAGGGUGGACAUAAUAAAUUCUUCAGGGAGUACGCGGGGAUGUGCAGUCCUCAAAAUUAUAUAGAAAUGUUGCAGCCGGAAUACGCUGAGGAGCUGCAACAUUAUAAAAUGCAAUCGGAGAUGUGGAAUAGAGACAAACACGAAAUAAAUGAAAAACGGUAA